GCAACUUGCAGUCAGUAUUGAAACAGAAAGUCUGGUUCACAAAGCUUGUCAGCUUAUAUUAAAUAGAUAUUUCUUUUCUGCACUUUAAAUCUCAUUUUUUGGAAGUUUUUGUUAGGAGGCACCUUGUUCCAAGUCAGACUUCAAGAUAUAUCUGUUAGCUGAUUAAAACGAUAGUGCAAAAGGUACCAUGAGUAGUUCACAAAACUUGAUGGAUUUAGAGGUAAACCAGUCUGUAUACGAUGUUCUUCAAGGAUACGACGUUGGAGAUGUAAUUGGAAAAGGCUCGUAUUCUGUUGUUCGCAAAGUUACCGAUAAAAAAACGAAAAAAAACUUUGCUGUAAAAGUGAUUCGUAAAGAUGCAUUGCAAGACAACUUGAAAUAUGUGCAGCAAGAAAUAAGAAUUAUGACAGACGUUUCAGUCGGUCAUCCCAACAUAUUGACACUUUACAAGGCAUACGAAACAGACGAAUUCUUCCUUCUCUUAACGGAUCUUGCGGAAGGUGGUGAGCUGUAUGACUGUGUUUGUGCAAAAGGCCAAUUCAAUGAAGCUGUGGUCAAAUGCAUCAUCCGUCAAUUGGUUUCCGCCGUUGCUUACAUCCAUAAAAAUGGAAUUGUUCACAGGGAUCUGAAACCCGAAAAUGUGUUAUUGGAAUGUCGGGACGAUUACACGAAUUUGUGGAUUGCAGACUUUGGCUUAGCAAACAUUCUAAACGAAGAGUCUCGAGGCGUCUUACAUACUAUGUGUGGUACUCCAGGGUACAUGGCACCUGAAUGUAUUCGUCAGCUCGGACAUGCUCAACCUGUGGAUUUAUGGUCUAUCGGCGUGAUUACAUACUUGCUCAUAGCUGGGUUUGCUCCUUUUGAACGUCAAACUCCUGCUCUUGAGAUGCGCGCUGUCUUAAAAAGCGAUUAUACUUUUCCAUCGGACGUAUUUCAAAACAUUAGUGAUGAAUGCAAAAAUUUCAUAAAGUCAUGUUUAGUGCAGAACCCCAAUGACCGAAUUACCGCAGAAGAUGCUUUGCGACACCCGUUUCUGAAAGAAUAAUCGGCAAUGGAUUGAGUAUGAUUAUCAAAACAAAGUUCUCCCAUUACUCAUUGCCAUAAACAAACAUUUCUUUUUAAUUUUUGGAUUCGUUCGGUUCUUGUGUUUUAUUGCUAACCAUGAAUGGUUAAACUUGUUCUGUUCCGUUCUCUUAUGUCAUUUCGUCUUAUUUUAGAUAUCUAAUCAAUUUGCUAAUGGGUUUGUUCAUAUGAAUAGUAUAAUAGUAACGAAUACGCAUUUUUAAGAGUAUCUCAUAAAAAAUCAAC